AUGGAUCUGGAUAAGGAGAAUCCCGAUGCCGAAGACGAAAUCGACCAUCUAGACGAACUGCAUAUCGAUCGAUCCUCUGGGAAGGAAAACGAUCGACCGUCUGGCACCAGCAGUAGCAAUACACAAUCUACCGGGAUUGAAAGAGUCUAUAGAGCUCCUCCCCCUUUUCCUCCAAACAAACCGCAAACUAAGAAAGCAUUAGAGCAUGCAAUCUGCAAAAAGGCUUUCGAUAAAAUCUAUUUCGAGACGUCCCUCAGUGACGCUCUUAAGAUAGCCCCUUCGGUGAAAAAGUACAUGAAAGAUAUGAUAUCCUCAAGUGGAGAACAAAGCGUCAUGCUAGUAUCAGAGGAAGUAAGUGCGAUAAUACAAGGAGGGACUUCAAUUAAAAGGUCUGACCCUGGUAGUUUCGUCCUAGAUUGUAAGAUACAAAACGCACGUUUCCCUCGUUCUCUCUGUGACCUUGGCUCUAGUGUAAACCUCAUGCCACACUCUGUAGCAGUUUCACUGGGUUAUGAUGUAUUUGUUCCAACGCCUAUCACAUUAGUUCUAGCUGAUCGCUCUAUUAGGGUACCUGAGGGAAUCCUAGUGGAUGUGCCAGUCAGAAUUGAUGAAGAAGAUUCUGAGCUGGAAAAAGAAUACCUUACGGAUAUAUGUGCCACAAAUUCGUCAGAAGAUACAUUCACUCAUGAUGAACAAGAAAUUCUGAAUGUAGAUAGCAGAACAGAAGAUUAUUCGAAUCUUAUGGACGCAAGUAUCGGAGAUACAAUUGAAGAAAAUGAUGAUUCUGAAAUCAUUACGGAUAAAUUCCUUAGGGAAACUAUUGAUCGUUCAUUUUCUUCAUCGGCCAAGUGGACUAAAGAAAAAGCACCCAAAGUGGAACUGAAACCACUUCCAGCUGGCCUGAAGUAUGCAUUCCUUUGCGAUAAAUCAUACCCUGUCAUUGUUAACGCUAAUCUCACGAACGGAGAGCUUGCACUGCUUUUAAACAAGCUGCGCAAAUAUCGGAGAGCGAUCGGGUAUUCUCUUGAUGAUAUUCCCGGAAUAGCCCCUGAUCUUUGCAUGCACCGCAUCCACCUCGAAGAAGAUGCAAAAACGUCUAUAGAACAGCAAAGAAGACUCAACCCAAACCUAAAAGAGGUAGUGAAAAAGGAGAUAAUUAAACUUCUGGAUGCAGGAGUUAUAUAUCCUAUCUCAGAUAGUAAAUGGGUGAGCCCUGUGCAUGUUGUGCCAAAGAAAGGAGGGAUCACGGUGGUUAAAAACGAUAAAGAUGAACUCAUCCCCACACGCACUGUCACUGGACAUCGAAUGUGUAUUGAUUACAGGAAACUGAAUGCUGCUACAAGAAAAGACCAUUUUCCUUUACCUUUCAUCGAUCAAAUGCUCGAAAGACUGGCUAACCAUAAAUAUUAUUGUUUUCUUGACGGAUAUUCGGGAUUUUUCCAAAUACCGAUACAUCCUGAAGAUCAAGAAAAGACAACUUUUACUUGCCCUUACGGAACAUUUGCAUACCGCAGAAUGCCAUUUGGACUAUGUAAUGCACCAGCCACUUUCCAACGAUGCAUGAUGUCAAUAUUCACGGAUAUGAUCGAAGAUUUCAUGGAAGUUUUCAUGGAUGAUUUUUCAGUUUACGGAUCAAGUUUUAAGGAUUGCUUAGACAACCUGUGCAAGGUAUUGGAAAGAUGUGAAGAAAAGAAUCUCGUCCUAAAUUGGGAAAAAUGCCAUUUCAUGGUGAACGAUGGUAUAGUCCUGGGACACAAAGUCUCCGCAGCAGGAAUAGAAGUAGAUAGAGCCAAAAUUGAAGUAAUGACUGGUCUACCAGCACCCACAAACGUUAGAGACAUACGAAGCUUCCUUGGACAUGCUGGAUUUUACAGACGAUUCAUACAAGAUUUCAGUAAAAUUGCUAGACCCCUGAACAAUCUUUUGUGCAAAGAAAUUAAAUUCGAUUUUACGCCAGAAUGUAAGGAAGCCUUCGAAGCGCUGAAGAAGUCUCUUAUAACUGCCCCAGUCGUACAACCACCCGAUUGGAAUCUCCCUUUCGAGAUUAUGUGCGAUGCGAGUGAUUUCGCAGUUGGAGCAGUUUUAGGACAACGAAAAGAUAAGAAGCUACACGCUAUAUACUAUGCGAGUCGCACACUCGACGAAGCGCAACGGAAUUACUCUACCACGGAAAAAGAGUUGCUAGCAGUGGUUUAUGCCUUCGAAAAAUUCCGCCAAUACUUAGUUGGAGCACAUGUUAUAGUCCACACUGAUCAUGCUGCCAUCAAAUAUUUAAUGCAGAAAAAAUGCUAAACGAGACUAAUAAGAUGGAUCUUGUUACUCCAAGAGUUCGAUAUAGAGAUCAAGGAUAAAAGAGGAGUAGACAACGGUGUCGCUGAUCACCUUUCCAGGAUUCGAGUUGAGGAUAAAGUCCCUAUAGAUGAUUUCUUUCCUACAGAAAAUAUAGCUCUUUUGGACACGUCAUUCAUCGAUCGACCUUGGUAUGCUGAUAUAGUCAACUAUUUAGCCGCUGAUUUUGAACCAGAAAACUUAAAAGGUUAUGAACGAAAGAAAUUUUUUCGUGAAGUUCAGAGAUACCACUGGGAUGAGCCUUAUCUCUACAAACACUGUUCUGACGGCAUAUAUAGAAGAUGCGUCUCUGAACCACAAACAAGUGGACAAGUGGAAGUGUCGAACCGACAAAUCAAGGAAAUCUUGGAAAAAACUGUCCGAAUAGAUAGGAAAGAUUGGUCUCGCAAAUUGGACAAUGCCUUAUGGGCAUAUCGGACCGCCUAUAAAACACCACUGGGCACGACACCCUUUCACUUGCUGUACGGAAAAUCAUGCCAAUUACCAGUUGAACUGGAGCACAAAGCAGCCUGGGCAACCAAAUUGUUAAAUUUUGAUAUUAAGCCAGCUGCCGAGAGACGACUAAUUCAGCUCAACGAGCUCGAUGAAAUUCGACAUUUGGCAUAUGAAAAUUCGAAGUUAUAUAAGGAACGAACAAAAGCUUAUCACGAUAAGAAGAUCCUAUCUAGACGCUUUGAACCGAAUGAUCAAGUUCUCUUAUAUAACUCCAGAUUAAACCUUUUCCCUGGAAAACUAAAAUCUCGUUGGUCAGGACCUUUUACAAUUAAGGAAGUAAAACCUUCCGGAGCACUAACGAUCGUUAGUGAAGAAGGCGACGAGUUUACCGUAAACGGGCAGCGAAUGAGUACAGAUUCGGACACUGCGAGAGAGAGGAGGACGAAGAGGAGGACUUAUCCCGCUGGCCCAUCAAACCGCCAGCAACCCCGCGGUCCGAGAGAAGACGAAAGGCCUCCAUGGCCACAUCAGGACAAGACCCCAAUCGCUUACAGGGAGGGUCGCGACUUCUCAGACCCGAGGGCAGUCGUCUCCAGCAGAGAGUGUACCGAUAGACCACUCACAGAGCAGUGGGACGACUUCGACAGCCUGCACUACAAUGCCUGGAUCGAUGUCGACAUCGAGCCUACACGUUUCAUUGACCCGAAGGUCACACACAAGAUGCGGAUCCAGGAUGAUCUGUACGCGAUGAUUGCUCAGCUCGGGUUGGGCACCAUAGCCACACACGCCUACGACCUCCACGUUCCGUUGGUCCGCCAGUUCAUGGCCUUUGUCCGCGUCACUUACCGCCAUGACGGUCCUAAAGUAGCAGGCGACGGCGUUCUCUCUUUCUUUGCUCGAGGGAAGAGAUACUCGAUCACCAUCCCCGAGAUCUGCCGCAUUUACGGUUUCGAGGAGGAUGCAACAUCUUGCAGGUUCUCACCUCUCCCUGGUGCGAGCGGCUUCUGGAAGAUCAUAGGCACUGGCAGUUGGAGCGGCUCAGCGACUCAGUCUGACGUCCGUCACCCGACCCUACGGUACUUCCUACGGGCUAUUGCCAACACUCUGUUGUGCAAGAUGGAGCCCAACAAGGUGCGCCUACAUGAUCUCUCACUGCUCUUCCCAGCUGUGAACGGACUGGUCGAUCUCUCUCACCUCGACACUGUGGGACUAGUGGUCCCCAACCUUGGAGCUCUCUUCGCCGAGCAUCUGAUCUCACUGAAGAAGAAACCCUUCACGGGUUCGGGCAGGAAGAAGGAGAGUGCACACCUGGAGGAAGAUAUCCGCACAUUGGUGGAAGAUACCUACCAGCCAUUGGAUCGCAGCUAUAAUGCUCUUCACAGUGAUAUGGCAGUGCCAAGGAUGGAAUUUGAGAGCAUUAGGAACAUGCUUGAGAAGGAAGCUAUGCCACCAGUAUCGAUCGACACAGUACCUACACCAUCGAACGAUAUAGGCCAUACGAUAUCCGACAUCCAACCAGAAUAUUCAUCACCUAAAAGAGAUGAAUAG